CAGGAGACGGAACCCCGGAGGCGUCCGUGUCCCGGAAGUCUGGGCCGUGCUGCUGGGCCGGCUAAUCCUGGGACUUCUCCGGGAUAAUUUAGAAGCGGCCAAUGGCUGUCGAUAUUCAACCAGCAUGCCUUGGACUUUACUGUGGGAAGACCCUGUUAUUUAAAAAUGGCUCGACAGAAAUAUAUGGAGAAUGUGGGGUGUGUCCAAGAGGACAGAGAACAAAUGCACAGAAGUAUUGUCAGCCGUGCACAGAGUCUCCAGAGCUUUACGACUGGCUCUAUCUUGGAUUCAUGGCCAUGCUUCCUCUGGUUUUACAUUGGUUCUUCAUUGAAUGGUACUCAGGGAAAAAGAGCUCCAGUGCUCUUUUCCAGCACAUCACAGCAUUAUUUGAAUGCAGUGCGGCAGCUAUUAUCACCUUGCUUGUGAGCGAUCCAGUCGGUGUUCUUUAUAUCCGCUCAUGUCGAGUAUUGAUGCUUUCUGAUUGGUACACAAUGCUUUACAACCCCAGUCCAGAUUACGUGACCACAGUGCACUGUACUCAUGAAGCUGUCUACCCGCUCUAUACCAUUGUAUUUAUCUAUUAUGCCUUCUGCUUGGUACUGAUGAUGCUGCUCCGACCUCUUCUGGUAAAGAAGAUUGCCUGUGGGUUAGGGAAGUCCGAUCGAUUUAAAAGUAUUUACGCAGCACUGUACUUCUUCCCAAUUUUAACUGUGCUUCAGGCAGUCGGCGGAGGCCUGUUAUACUACGCCUUCCCGUACAUUAUACUAGUGUUGUCUUUGGUCACUCUCGCUGUGUACAUGUCGGCUUCUGAAAUAGAGAACUGCUAUGAUCUCCUGGUCAGGAAGAAAAGACUCAUCGUUCUCUUCAGCCACUGGUUACUUCAUGCUUAUGGAAUAAUCUCCAUUUCCAGAGUGGACAGACUCGAACAGGACUUACCCCUUUUGGCUUUGGUGCCCACACCAGCCCUUUUUUACUUGUUCACUGCAAAAUUUACUGAACCUUCACGGAUACUCUCAGAAGGAGCCAAUGGACACUGAAUAUAAAAUGCCAAAAAAAACCUAACAAGUAUUCUUAAUAAAAAAGUACAGAAAUAAAAAAUACGUAUUAGUAUUCUUCUGCCAUACAUGGGAAUAAGACUGUCAGUAUAUCUUAAUGUUUUUGGUGGUUUUGUUUGGUUAUGGUUGGACUCGGACACGACAGAACGUGCUGUUACUCAGUGAAGCACACCGGACACUCACUACACACUGUUCUGUGACAGGAGGAGCCUUUCGGAAGCACUGGCCUCGCACCGAUUUAGUUACUGUUCAGAGUAAAGUCAUGUUCCGCGUGCCUACCGGUGUGCUGUUUCUGGUUUUAAGGAAAACUUGAAUGAGUGUAAUCUGAAACCCUUAGUUUCGCCCCGAUUGUGCUUGCCUGUUGUGUUUCAGCUGGUUUCCCAAACGUAGCGAAUUAUAAAGACACACACACCCCUGUGGGGUCUGGUAGUAACAUGGAAAUAAAGUGUGUUGUUCUUACCUA